AUUUGGCAUAUGUCAUUCCUUAGUUUCUCAACUUAUAAUUUAAUUUUGUUUUAUGCAGAUUUCACGUUUAUUUAUUCAAAGUUUCUCUCUUCCUGUUGAUUAAUGUAGUUCAUGGACUCCUUGCACUUGGAUUUCCCUCAUAUACUUUUAGCUUUUUAAAUAGUGCCUCUCCCCGGAAAAAUUCAUGGGUCCGGCAAUACCCUCAACCUUCCCUUUUGCAACAAUGAAGUUGUAUCUCCCAUGCCUAAACACCACCAUAGUUGGAAUCUUAGCCAUACUUCUGUUUUCCUACUUUAUGAUGAAGAGAUCAUGCUUUGGUGCCAAAGCCAAGGGUCCCAAACCACCAAAAGUGGGAGGUGGGUGGCCUCUGUUAGGUCACCUCUACCUGUUCGGAGGAACUCAGCUGCCUCACAUAACUUUGGCUUCCUUGGUUGACAAAUAUGGACCAAUCUUCACCGUUAACAUUGGCAUCCACUCUGCUCUGGUGAUAAGUACUUGGGAGGCGGCCAAGGAUUGCUUCACCACAAACGAUAUAGUUGUUUCUUCUCGUCCCGCUACGAUAGGGGGUAAGCAUUUGAGCUACAACUUUGCCAUGUUCGGGUUUAGCCCCUACGGUUCAUACUGGCGCGAAAUGCGAAAACUGACAUCCCUCGAGCUACUCUCAAACCGCAGGCUAGAGCUACUGAAAAACGUUCGAGCAUCUGAAGUAGAGAUAAGCUUAAAACAGCUGUACACUCUAUGGAGCAAGAGAAAAGAAGGGUCUGGGGAGCUUAUGGUGGAGAUGAAGCAGUGGUUUGGAGGUUUGACUCUAAAUGUGGUUUUUAGGAUGGUUGCUGGAAAGAGAUGUUUUAUGAAUGGGGGUUUGAGUGAGGACAAGGAGGCAAGGCGGAGGCAAAAAGCCAUGAGGGAGUUUUUUCAUUGGGUGGGAUUGUUUGUGUUGGGAGAUGCUGUUCCUUGGCUUAGUUGGUUGGAUUUGGGUGGACAGCAGAAGGCCAUGAAGAGAACUGCCGAAGAACUGGACAAUAUUGUUUCAGAAUGGUUGGAGGAGCACAAGCAGAAAAUAACUAAAGGAAAAGAUCAAGAUUUCAUGGAUGUCAUGCUUUCAGCCAUCGAUGGAGCACAUAUUGCUGGGUUUGAUGCUGAUACCGUCAUCAAAGCAACGUGUUUGGCUAUGAUUUCUGGAGGGAGUGACACAACCAGGGUGACACUUACGUGGACACUCUCUUUGCUUUUGAACAACCGCCAAAUUUUGAAGAAAGUUUAUGAAGAACUAGACCAGCAUGUUGGCAAAGGAAGACUGCUGAAUGAGUCAGAUAUAAAUAAUCUGGUGUACAUGCAAGCCACUGUUAAAGAAGCAAUGCGUUUAUGUCCUCCUGGACCACUCUCAUUCCAGAGGGAAUUCACAGAGGACUGUACUGUAGGAGGGUACCAUGUUCCAAAAGGCACGUGGUUGUUAGUGAACCUGUGGAAGAUCCAAACUGACCCACGGGUUUGGGCCGACCCGAUGGAAUUCAAACCAGAGAGAUUUCUGACCACCCAUAAGGAUGUUGAUGUUCGGGGUCAACAAUUUGAGCUCAUGCCGUUUGGUAGUGGUAGAAGAGCAUGCCCUGGGAUAAAUCUUGGCCUUCAGACGACGCUUUUAACUUUGGCUAGUUUUCUUCAUUGGUUUGAUGUCAAGACCCGAGGAAAUGCACCGGUUGAUAUGACCGGAAGCGUUGGACUUACGAACAUGAAACUCACCCCUCUUGAUGUCCUCGUCAAACCACGCUUGUCUCCAAAUCUUUAUGAAUAAGUUCAGAAUUGAGAACUUAGAUAUAUGUGAAAA